AUGGAUCAAGGCGUAAUACGUAGUCUUAAAGCUCAUUAUCGUCACAAAAUUGUGCGUUUGUGUAUCAAGGCUGUCGAUAAUAACGAACCCAUGCCAAAAAUUUCUAUGCUUCAAGCAAUGAAAGAUCUUUUUUCUUCGUGGAAUGCUGUGUCCAAGGAGACUGUUAUCAACUGCUUUAAAAAAGCUGGUAUCAGCAAAACAAACAAGAGUAUUAAAGAAGCUGAUGAUGAUCAUCCUUUUAAAUUUUUGACAGAAGAACUUAAUCGUUUGCGAGAGUUAGAUCCUCGUGCCGUCCAAGAAGAUCUCUCAGCGGAAUCUUACAUUGGUUUAGAUUGCGAUGUAGUAACCACCGGUUCACUUGCUACUGAUACUGAAAUCAUUGCUCAGAUUUUAGACCCUAAUUUUGAAAACGACGAUAAUGAAGUUGAAGAUAGCGUUGACGAAGCCAUUGACGUCGAAGCCCCGCCACGCCCAUCUGAUAUUCAAUUAAAAAUUGCUUUUGAAACGAUUCAAAAUGCUUUGCUAUACAGCUCAAAAUACGGAAAUGAAAUACAAUCCCUAGCACUAAAACUUAAGGAUUUAAUAAAGAUGGAAAAGAUGGAUAAUUUAAAAAUUAAAGAAACAAUGAGUAAAGCAACGAAAAGUUCAAUCUGGGACUAUUUUGAUAUUGAUGAAAAUAAUCGCUCAAAAGCAACUUGUAAAUUUUGCAAAAUGAAAAUAUUAAGAGGAGGAACAUCUGGCAAAAAAAUGACAACAUCUAAUUUAAGAGGGCAUAUGAAAGCAAAACAUAUAAAAGUUUUCCAGAAAGUAGAAGAUCUAAAAUGUUUCAAAAAAAUUAACACAGAAGAAAAAAAUGUUAUUGCAUCUACUUCAACAAGUAAAGAGAAUAAUAAUAGCAAAGUAUCCGUUAACAACAGUGUUACAGUUAUUCUAGAUCAAAAACAUCAAUCUAAGCUUGAGGAAACUAUUAAUAAGCAUAGGAAAUGGACUUCAAGUGAACAAAGAGCUCAAAAAAUAACUAUGCUUAUCGGAGAAAUGAUAUGUGUAGACAUUCAGCCGUAUUCUUUAGUUACAGAUCAAGGAUUUAAAAAACUAAUUAUGCAUCUUGAACCAAGGUAUACCAUGCCCUCUAAAAAACAUAUGACUGAAACAGUUGUUCCUUUAAUUUAUGAAAAAAUGAAAAUGCAAAUUAUGAGUGAUGUAGCAAAAGCAAAUUUUUUGAGUUUUACCACUGACGGAUGGACUACACAUCACAAUGAUGUAAGCUUUUAUUCAUUAACAGCACACUGGAUAAACUCAGAGUUUAAUUCUAUGACAGCUGUGCUACAACUUAAAAAAAUAACAGGCUCUUAUACAGGUGUAAAGAUAUCAACAUUUCUAAAAGACUCUUUAAAUGAAUGGAAAAUACCUACUAACAAAGUGUACUUUGUCCUGUCUGACAAUGCUGCUAAUAUGAAAUUAGCCAUAAAAGAAGCUGGUUUAGAAAAAAAUUCUCUAAGUUGUGUAAUCCAUACUCUUCAGCUUUGUAUAACCAAUAAGCUUUUCAAACACCAAACAAUUGUAAAUGAUCUUAUAGCUAAGUCUAGAAAAAUUGUCACACACUUUCAUCAUUCUUCGUCUUCCAUGGAUAUGCUACAUGAAAUUCAACAACAGCUAAAGUUACCCCAACAUUCACUUAUACAAGAUGUAGUAACAAGAUGGAACUCGACAGUUUACAUGCUAGAAAGACUAGUUGAACAAAAAACUUCACCAACAUUAUUUUUUAUUAGAAAUCAAAAGUGUAAUGCCUCUAAUCUUAAUGAAGACCAAUGGUUAUUAGCUGAGACGCUUAUCUUAGUUUUAAAGCAUUUUGAGGUGGCUACACUAGAGAUAAGUGAAAAUAGGGCAUCAGUGUCUCAAAUUAUUCCAUUUAUAGUUUCAAUGGAAGCGUACCUAGUCUAUGCUUCAGAAAAUGCAGGUGAAAUAAAAACUAUAAUAGAAGAGUUGAAAAAAGAUUUCAAGGUUUUAAUAUACAGCUAUAAAUAUAACAAAAACUUGAACAUGUCUAGAGUUUUAGAUCCAAGAUUCAAACUUAGUUAUGCCAUAUCAGAUGAGGAGAAAGACACAAUAAAAUCAAAUAUUCAAGAGAAAUACAUGAACCUAAAUAAAACUGGUAUAACAGAUUGCCUUUUAACUACCGACAACUUAACUUAA